UUCGAUUAACGUUAAUGAUUGUCAACUAGGAUCAUCAGAUGCUUGGAUGAUCGUCGAUGGAAAAAUUGGUAGGAAUGAAUGCGGGAAUAUUUUCGAGGAAAGGUUUAGUGGCGAAGUAAAAUCAGAUAAGCAAGAG